CCUCCCACGGAUUGAUAAACCUUAGGUCAUCCACUUGAGGGAAAUUUGCUACUGUCCUACAAACCUCUGCACUUGGAGGCCCAACAACGUCUACAAAAAGAAGGUUGUGUAGUAGACAUCAUGGAGGCAUAGAAAGAAAAUGAGAAGUUGAAGGGCGGCAUGUUCGGCCUGUUAACUGGUCGACCGGAAGAGGAAGUAUCCAUGUUUCAAGGAGACAUGCUGAUGGAGCUGUCUGUGGUACAUGAUCGGGCCCGGAAAGCCAUGAGGAGUAUGGUGAAGGCAUUAUGGCCAUGUGAUACCCCUCCAGAAAGUGUGGAGGGCUUGGCCAACCUGUUCAAAGGUGCCCGGCACCGGUUUGAGCUGUGGAAGACAUCCGCCUGCCGUGAAGGCGCACGAGAAGCCCGGGCCAUGCUGAAAACACGCUUCACCAAGCUAGAUCCAAAUCAUAUGGCCCGAGUGGGACCACAGGGACUAGACGGGAAAGAAAUUCCAGUGAAUUUGGUGUAUGACCAAGUAAUGAUAGUUGCGAAGUACUCGCAGGAAGACUGUAGGUUAGACAGUCUUAUAGAUGGAAUAGAUAAGGAAUAGGUAUCUGGUUUAAUGUAUUAAUGUACGUUAUGAUCAACCUGUACCUUUAUCCAAA